GGUGGCGCGCGCGGAGAGUGCCUGCCACCGCCGCCUGCCCAAGUGUCAGCUCCACGCACCGGCUGGCGCAUCGCUGGCCUGGCGCCCCCGGCCCCCCGGGCCCUGACCCCGCGCCCCUGCACCCCGGAUCCGAGCAUGCCACGCGCCCGUAAGGGCCACAGCAGCGCGCCCCGCAAGGGCGGCCAGCACCGCAGAGGGGGUGCCCAGAGCAGUACCCAAGCUGACUCAGGUUCCAGUGAGGAUGAGGCUGCCAGCGAGGUCCGCAGCACCACCAGUGACUGCCCCAGCCUUCUGAGCACCACUGGGGAGGACAAUCUUGGGGGGGAUGCUGUGGAUGAGCAAGGCCAGCAGGAAGACCUUGAAGAAAGGUUGAAGGAGUAUGUGGACUGCCUUACAGACAAGAGUGCCAAGACACGGCAAGGUGCUCUUGAGAACCUGCGCCUGGCCCUGGCCUCCCGCCUUCUCCCCGACUUCUUGCUGGAGCGCAGCUUCACACUGGCUGAUGCCUUGGAAAAGUGCCUCAAGAAAGGGAAGGGCGACGAGCAGGCUCGGGCAGCUGCCGUGCUGGGUCUGCUCUGUGUGCAGCUGGGCCCAGGACCCAAGGGCGAGGAAUUAUUCCAUAGCCUGCAGCCCCUGCUGGUUUCAGUGCUCAGUGACAGCACAGCUAAUCCCACUGCCCGGCUCCAUUGUGCUUCUGCUCUUGGCUUGGGCUGUUACGUGGCUGCCACUGAUGUCCAGGACCUGGUUUCUUGCCUCACCUGUUUAGAAGGUGUUUUCAGCCGGUCCUGCGGUGUGGGUGGCUCCACAGCCUCGGUGGUCUCCGCCAGCCUGCAUGGCCUGCUCUGUGCUGCUCUACAGGCCUGGGCGUUGCUACUGACCAUCUGUCCCAGCAGCCACAUCAGCCACAUCCUGGACAGGCAGCUCCCGCAGCUGUCCCUCCUCUUGUCCAGCGACAGCGUAAACCUGCGCAUGGCUGCGGGCGAGACUAUCGCGCUGCUCUUUGAGCUGGCCCAGGACCUGGAGGAGGACUUCAUUUAUGAUGACAUGGAGACACUCUGUGGAGUCCUGCGUACUCUGGCCACGGACAGCAACAAGUUCCGGGCCAAGGCUGAUCGCCGGAGGCAGCGCUCCACCUUCCGUGCCGUGCUGCACUUUGUGGAGGGUGGCGAGUAUGAGGAAGAGACGGUCCGUUUCGGGCUCGAGGUGCUCUACGUGGAUAGCUGGGCUCGACGCCGGGUCUACGCUGCCUUCAAGGACGUGCUGGGUUCUGGCUUGCACCACCACCUGCAGAACAACGAACUGCUCCGGGACAUCUUCGGCCUCGGACCCGUGCUGGUGCUGGAUGCCGCUGCCCUCAGAGCCUGCAAGGUCUCUCGCUUUGAGAAGCACCUCUACAAUGCCGCUGCCUUCAAAGCCCGGACCAAGGCCCGCAGCCGCGUGCGGGACAAGCGGGCAGAUAUCCUGUGAGGCUCAGCUCCAGGAGACUGUCCACACUCCUACCUGGAUUUAUAACAGAAGCCAGUGCCACAGUUGGUCUCUGCCAGGAAUUGUUGUUUUAUAUUUUUUAUUGACAAAACCAAAAACAGGUGGGCGGGUGGCGGAAGGCCAGCUCAGGGGGACUCUGGCCCUUUGCCUCUGCACUCAGCCAUGGAGCUUUCUUCCUGCCCUCUCCCCCUGGUUCUGGUGCCAGCAGUGGGAGGCAGUUCCUUUCCUUUCUCAGGUCUUCUCCCCCGGGGGUUGAGCUUUUGGGUAAAUGCCAUUGUGAGGAAGCCAGGCUACUGGAAUGAAUUGAUUUGCUGAUUUAUAGCUUAUUAGAGAUCAUUAAACUGAAUGCUUUGCUUUCAAGGG